AAUAAUAACUCGCCGGUUUUUUUUGGUGUCUGUUGUCGAUGGUCUUCGUGGCAUAUUGACGUAGUACAUAAUAAAAUUGAAUAAUGAAUUUACGUAUAAGUUUGCUUGCUGUUUUUUGCAUAUUUGCAUUAACAAGUGCUGUUAAAAAUUCACCAACACUUGUUUUGCUUGAUAAUUUAGCAAUCAAAGAAACACAUUCAAUAUUCUUCAAAUGGAUGCAAGAUAAAGGAUAUAAUUUACAAUAUAAAUUAGCUGAUGAUGCUAAUUUAGUGCUGACAAAAUAUGGAGAAGCAUUGUAUGAUCAUUUGAUAAUAUUUGCACCAUCUGUUGAAGAAUUUGGUGGUUCAUUAAGUGUUGAAGCAAUAACUGAAUUUAUUGAUCAAGGUGGUAAUGUUUUGGUUGCUGGUUCAUCAAAUUCUGGUGAUGCAUUACGUGAAUUAGCAUCUGAAUGUGGUUUUGAAGUUGAUGAAGAUGGUGCAACUGUUAUUGAUCAUUUAAAUUAUGAUACAAGUGAUUCUGGUCAUCAUACUAAAAUUGUUGCUGAUUCAGAUAAUUUAAUUAAUUCACAAGUUAUUGUUGGUAGUAAAAAAGUAUCACCUUUACUUUAUCAAGGUACUGGACUUAUUGCUGAUCCAGAAAAUCCACUUGUAUUACGUUUAUUAACAUCAUCAAGUUCAGCAUAUUCUUAUAAUCCUGAUCAAUCAAUUAAAGAUUAUCCACAUGCUGUUGGAAAAAAUACACUUCUUAUUGCAGCAUUACAAGCUAGAAAUAAUGCUAGAGUAUUAUUUUCUGGUUCAUUAUAUUUUUUCAGUGAUGAAGCAUUUACAAGUCCUGUACAAAAAUCACAAGGUGGAAAGAAAUUUGAUAAAUCUGGUAAUGAAGAAGUUGCCAAGUCAAUGGCACAAUGGGUAUUCAAAGAAAAUGGUGUUAUUCGUGUAUCAUCAGUUAGUCAUAAUAAAAUUGGUGAACAACAACCACCAGCAGCAUAUACAAUUAUGGAAGAUGUUAUUUAUACAAUAACUGUUGAACAAUUAUCUGGUGAUAAAUGGAUACCAUAUGAAGCAAAUGAUAUGCAACUUGAAUUUGUCAGGAUUGAUCCAUUUGUACGUAUGACUAUGACACCAUCUGGAUAUGGACGUUAUGAAGCACGUUUUAAAAUUCCUGAUGUUUAUGGUGUUUAUCAAUUUAAAGUUGAUUAUAAUAGAAUUGGUUUAACACACUUAUAUAAUACAACACAAGUAUCAGUACGUCCACUUGAACAUACCCAGUAUGAAAGAUUUAUACCAAGUGCGUAUCCAUAUUACAUCAGUGCAUUUUCAAUGAUGGGUGGUGUAUUUGUAUUUUCAUUUGUUUUCCUUCAUUACAAAGAAAAUGUUAAAUCAAAACCAGAAUAGAUUCAUCUUUUUUUUUUUCUAUAUAUAUUAUAUUAGAUUUUUUUUUUUUUUUCUUGUAAUCCAAUUUCAAGUCAAUAACUUAGUUUAAUUUAAAAAAAAAAAAAACUGUUACGUAUGUUUUGUACUGACUGAAUGACAUUUAAAAUUAAUGAAACUUGAAUAUUUUUUUGUUCAAAGAAAAUUAUUUCAAGAGAAAAUUGUUUAUUUUCUUUAUAAUUUUUUGCAAUUAAAUCACUUGAUGUAUAUUAAAUUGUACACAUUAUUUUGAGUGUUUGAUAAUUUCUAUAAUAAAGUACAGUAAUGUUAUAAAAAUAAA